UUUCCUCCGCAAAGAUACCAUAGUCAACGUCAUCAAUUCUUGCUUUGGAAGGGGGCGUGUAAUCGCAAUUCCACGGCCAGGCCCGGGGAGCUACCGGCGCAGAUUCUGCCACUGCACUCCGCCGCGCUGUCCUACCCGGGCCUGCAUGCUGCCGCCGCAACACCAGUUCCUUUCCAACGAGCUCGAUGAUAGUGCAGUCACAAUUCACCUUUUAAUUACAACCUUUAAAUUUGUGUCCACUUCCAAAUGUGUUCUGCUUCGCUGUAUUAUUAAGCUGACUAACGAUAGUAAUGGAUACUGUAAGCAAGAAGCUUUCUCUGAUGUUAUGGAGCCUCAACCUGGUGUUGCUGUUCUCACAAGUCUUCGGAUCAGAAUCCAGGGACAUUGACCCCAAUGGAUAUGUAGUCUACUGCCCCUGCAUGGGUCGUUUUGGUAACCAAGGAGAUCAUUUUCUGGGAGCUCUUUCCUUCGCCCAUGGUCUGGACCGAACUCUUAUUCUUCCACCAUGGAAUGAAUACCAUGUCCAAAGACAUGGACAGGCUGUUCAAAUUCCCUUUGACAAGUACUUCAAGGUUGACCCGCUCCGUGAAUAUCACCGGGUCAUCACGAUGGGGACCUUCAUGGAGGAGUUAGCCCCGUCUUUGUGGCCAGAAGGGAAACGUACAGGAUUGUGCUACUAUUUCAGAGAUGGAAAAGACUGCAAGAUGAAAGAAGGCAAUCCGUUCGGGCCAUUCUGGGAUAACUAUGACAUCGACUUCAACAAAUUUGCAGAAUAUAGUCCGCUUUCCUAUAACACACAUACACCGGGUGUACGAGGAAUGUGGGAAAAAAAAUUUCCAGUUUCAGAGUAUCCAGUGAUUGCGCUUUCCGGGGCUCCAGCUGGCUUCCCGGUGACACGGGAGAACAGAGAGCUCCAUCGGUAUCUGCACUGGUCUGAAAAAAUCGAGCAGCAAGCAGAUAAAUUCAUUGAAGAUAAUCUCUCAGAGGGACCAUUUGUUGGGGUGCACAUGCGACAAGGCUCAGACUGGAUUAAUGCAUGCAGGCACGUAAAUAGCACAAAGCAGCUCUUUGCCUCACCCCAAUGCCUUGGUUACCAAAAUGAAUUUGGCGACUUGACAGACGACCUCUGUAACCCGUCGUUUGACCUUGUCAAAGAACAGAUUAGAGCUGUCGUCAAAAAGAUAAAAGCUAAGGGGGUGUUUAUCGCAUCUGAUGUGGAACCGGACAUCAAGGCCCUGAAAAAGUUUCUGCCUUCAAAGGUCAAGGUGGUCCAACACAAACCAUCUAAUCCACACGUUGACCUCGCAAUUUUAGCCAAGUCUGAUCAUUACAUCUGCAACUGUAUCUCGUCAUUUUCUGCGUUUGCGAAAAGAGAGAGGGACGCAGCAGGCAAGCCCUCAUCCUUCUGGGGAUUCGGGGAAGACUACGAAAAGAUUAAGAAGAAACAAUCAAAGAAAUCCCCCGAUGAGUUAUGAGGACAGCUACACUACUUAAAUGAAACCAAAAGCAUAGUUUGAACAGUGUAUAGAAUAGUGCGGACAUUCUGUGGAAAUGCUUUGACACAGUGUGUUCAAAUUUGCAACAGGAUGAUUU